AUGGUCAACCUCAGCAUCCUCUCCAUUGCCUCCGUGGCUGCCCUCGCCUCUCUCGGUGCAGCAAAGAACUGCCAAACCCAGUUCAACUACUGCUCCUCGGCCCUUCUCAGCAGAGGCAACUACGACACCCAGAUCCGCAACGCGGUUGCAGAUGCCCAGGAGGCAUUCCCUGGCGUCACCAGAGACAACGCCCUGUUCGACUGCCUUGGAGGAUCCAAUGGCGAGAUCAAGGUCAUCGAGAAGUGCGGAUACCAGUGCAAGAACGGAGGUGAUGGCCACACCGACAGCUGCUAG